CGGCACAGAUAGCUGGGCAGCUGUCUGAAGAUCCCCAGCCUGCUCAUCUUCGCCUGCCUAGCCUGCAGUAGGCACGAACAGACAGAGGUUGCCUCAACAGCUGAACCCACAAAGAUGGCAGAUGCACUAAAGAACAAAAAAAUCAUCUUUGUUGUUGGUGGGCCAGGAUCUGGUAAGGGGACACAGUGUGAGAGGAUAGUAGAGAAAUAUGGCUACACCCAUCUGUCUACCGGAGACCUACUGAGAGCAGAGGUGUCCUCUGGAACUGAGCGAGGGAAGACCUUGUCAGCCAUCAUGGAGAGAGGAGAGUUAGUGCCUCUGGACACUGUUUUAGACAUGUUGAAAGAUGCAAUGAUCGCCAAAGCAGACAAGUCCAAGGGCUACCUCAUUGACGGUUACCCCCGUGAGGUCAAACAGGGAGAGGAAUUUGAAAAGAAGAUUGCUGCACCAUCUCUUCUGCUUUAUAUUGAUGCCGGGUCAGAGACAAUGGUGAAGCGAUUACUGAAACGCGGUGAAACCAGCGGCCGCGCAGAUGACAAUGAAGAGACCAUAAAAAAGAGACUGGAAACUUACUACAAAGCCACUGAACCCGUUAUUGCUCUAUAUGAAGGAAGAGGGAUUGUCAGAAAGAUGAACGCAGAAGGAAGCGUAGACGAUGUCUUCACUCAAGUUAGCGCUGCACUAGAUGCACUGAAAUAAAGAGGAAAAAUCAAUGGAAAAAUAACGCCUUAUUCCCCUCCCUAAAUGCCCCAUGGAACCUGUGCACUCGCGGCUUUACCCCAUCUGACCAUACUUCGCCAUCGCUGCUUUUGCACAACUCUCCAACCAUCAGGAGACUUGAAGGAAUUUGUCGUCCUUCCUGUAGGAAGGUUCUGCACACUUGAUCCGUUUGUGCUUCCCCAGAGUGCUAUCCUCACGCUCCAUCCUGUUUUUUUAAGCGGUAAACAACUUCGAGAAAACAUGCAAAGCUAUUUGAAUUGGCUUCAUGUUUUUUAUUUAUUUUCUUGGUCUGUUCUUUCUCUAUCUGUUGCUUUCUCCUGGCUGGAGACAUUUUCUUCCAGAACAGGAAAACCUCCUUUGAAGAAUGUUUCCUUAAGAGGACAAGAAUUUAGAUAUUUCUGUGGACUUGACAAAAAGUCAGUGGUUUUUAAGAGCUUUGUACCGACUCUCCAGUCGAUUAACCCCUUUGAUUGCCAGAAAGAUCUGCAACGUUCUCUGGCAGCCGAAGAGUUAAAUAGAAAGUUCAAAGAGAGGUAUUUCCUCUUGGCUCCCAUUUAGCUCCUUCGAGACAGAUGCUGGGACACCUCUGACCUUAAUAUGAAGGACAACACUAGUGGAAGGAAGAUGCAGGGAGAAUGGGUUUUCGCAAAAACAAAAAAUUGUUUGGGAUGUUUUCAAAACCAAAUGAGGCAGACACCAUAUUUUUUGUGCAUAAAAUAAUAUUAUAUUACUGCACUAUUAUUAAAAAAAUACAUGAAACUGAAGAAAUUGCCCUAAAUUACUAUUUUUUUUGUUGGCAGUAUUGGCAUUUAGGUUGAGAGUAUCUUCAUAUGCUGUCACUUAUUUCUACAAUAAAUCUAACUUGUUUGCACAUCCA